CUUUCUCUAUGCUUAUGUCCAAUCUAUUUAUUACGUUGUAAUUGUAAUUUGUUUACUUCAGCACUUCCAGAAGUGAAAAAUCCAAAUUAGAAAGAUAACACCCAAUUUAUGUUUUUUUGAUAUGUUUUAUAAUAUAUGGUGUGCAGAAUGUUAGAAGAGACCGCAGAACAUAGGGCCGAAGAAAUUUUAAAAGCUUUCCAAGUGAAUUGGGUUUGUUUACGUGACGCAGACACUGGAAAGGUUUUCUGGCAAGGACAGGAGGAUAUCAGCCUUCCAGGGGUGGAACAUGAAGCUCGAGUACCUAAAAACAUCCUCCAAUGUCGUGCAGUAUCUAGAGAGUUUAGUUUUAGUACCAAAGAGCCGCUACAGAACUUUCGUCUGGAACAAAAAGUUCUAUUUAAAGGGCGAUGCCUCGAAGAGUGGAACUUCGAAUUUGGUGCUGUUCCUCCAGAAUCGACAAACACAUGGAAAUCGAUCAUGGAGGCGGCGCCCGAGUCAGAGAUGAUGCCGGCCUCAGUUCUGAACGGGAACGUUGUUGUUGAAACGAAGUUUUUUGAGGACGAUUUGCUUAUAUCUACUUCUAACGUUAGACUGUUUUAUGUGUAGUAUUUGACUAAAAGGGUUUAGGUACCGAUUGCUUUUUUGUCUAUCAAGUAUGCAGCGAGUCCAAUUUGUGUUACAUUUUACGAUUGAUGUAUUGCACCAAAAAGAAGGUAACAACAUAAAAUUGAUAGAUUGGGCACUAUGUACCACUAUAUCCAUCGUUUCUUUGAACACCAAUUAAUAUGUGAGUUAAGUGCUAGAGUAUUUCUUAAAGAGAUUAGCUAUUGUUACGGGAUGAAUUUAAUAGGAUGAACAAAUAAAUUUGACAUAUUUUUUUUUUUUAAUUCUAAAAUAGUUAAAAACAGGAAAUUUUUACAUACUUAUUCCAAUCAUUUAUUUUUAAAUAUGUAUUUUGUAAUGUUUAUAUACCUACUUGUAAUAGUAAUUAGAAAAUAAAUCAUUUUUUAAUUAUUUCCUAA